ACGGUGGCACCGGCGGCCCGGGUCUUCCUGGGGGUGGCGUGCGCGGCUCUCACUUCCACCUUGCUGAGUCUACUCUGCCUCACUGUGGGAGGCGCCCCGCGUGGCCUCGAGUCUGGUCACCUACCCCGCGCCGACCAGCGUGUCCCCGCAGGACCCGGAUCCGGGGCUCCUUCGUUGCGAACUGCCUGCCAGGAGCGCCUAGAGUGGCCGCUGCAUUUAGGACAAGGCGGCGUGGACGUGCGCCUCUCAAGAAGCCGAGUUCCCCACGAGGCCAAGCGCGAAGAAACGCCAGAAACGCGGCCAGGACUUCAGGGCCAACCGGGAAAGCGGCAGUCGCGGGCCCAGGCGCUCUGCAGACGCGGACCUUGCCGGCUGCCUGGCCGCGGGGAGGCCGGAGCGGCGCGGGCCCGAAGUCUUGCGCGCGGGCGGCGAGGGGGCGCUGUGGCCCGCGGCUGAGGCCUCGUCCCUGCUGCGGUGGCCCCAGCAACGUUCCAGGCCACCGACGGGCGGCGGGCGCCCCUGCCCUGGCGCGCGACCUACCCCUUUCCACUUAGGUUUAAUUCGGGGAAGAACAAUUAUAUCAGGCAUUGCAAUAAAGCUUACUCAGCAUACGA